AUGCCGACCCCUGCGACGCCGACUCGCCCCUCCAACCGUGGAGGGAGUGCGAAAUCGACUCCAAGCAAACCGCUCGAUAUUGGACAACCGCUAGGAAUCCACGACACAAACACGGUCCGUUCACGUGUGCGCCAAUGGCAGCAGCAGGGCGGAGGAGUAAUCACAAUCAAUGAUGGGACUUACGACGACGAUGAGGAAGAGAACCGACCGAAACCAAAGCCUAAGGUGACGAAAUUGAAGGUGGAGCGGUUGGAGAAGUCCGACAAGGAGAAAGAGAAAGAGAAACAGAAGGAGAAGGAGAAAGAAAAGGAGAAAGAAAAGGAGAAAGAAAAGGUCCCACCCGUCCGGAAACGCAGCCACAGCACCCCCCGAAAGCGAGUCAUCAGCGAUGAGCAUUGGAGGAAGAAUCGAUCCACGACGCAAACGCCUACACGCAACUUACCCGUCCCGAGGCGCAUCAAUGAGUACACGACCAAUAGAGACUCUGGGUCGCCAGCAGCCAAGAAAGACACCAAGAAGGAUGCUCUAGACAAGAGUCGAGAACCUCCGAAGUUCAAAGCCUAUCGUAUCCAUGAUGCCUCUAAUUCACCAAUCCGAGAACUGAAGCGGUCAUCUAACCAAAAAGAUGCCGAAUCCGUUGCCGAUAGCGACUUGGACAACGAUCUGCUUCCCCAGUCUACGAUGGUAUCAGAACUAGCGGAAAGCCAGCAGAGAAGCUCGCCGCCGCCUGAAGAUAUAGAGUGGGCAAAAAGUGAGGCUGAUUUCACUGAGCUGUCCCGGAGGCGCGCCCGUGGUCCUCAAAAACCGCCCAAGGGUGGAAUCUUUGCCCACAUGCUAGACGAAUCGAGGAAGAUGUUCAAGCUACCAGAGCCCGAACCACCAAGGCCAACUCCACCCCCCGCCGGCACACGUGGAGCGAAGAUUGAAGCCUGGCUGUCCGAAACUCCGGAUCCCUUCUUGGACAAUGGCGAUUCGAAGAGUGAUAUCCCUGGUCCUUUGGAUAUCAAAUCUGCCCGUGCGAGACGGUCCCAGCGCAUGGUGGAUGAGAUUGUAGCAAGCAACCCUAUGUCAGAGCUGUCUAUGUCCGAGCUGUCUCGGGAAAGCGAAACUCGUCCAAGGAGUAGCGGCUCUCGACCAAAGAGCUCACAUAGUCGAGCUUCCAAGGAGCAGGACGACGCUUCAGCCUCAGAGAAGACUCGGAAGGAUGAAGAGUUUGACAAGGAGGAGGUCGAGAAGCCACUCGCCCUCAGAAUCCGCCAUGAUAAGGAGAAGCUUGGUGACAAACUAUAUGAGGAUAGUCUGGCACCCUCCGAGUCAGACUUCCAACCAUUCUCAGACGGCGGCUCUGAAGUCUCUGGGAACAAUGCGCCUGUCCCAGUUGGCCUCAAGAAGCCCUUCCCAAGUACUGGCUACCAUCGACUGUCCACCAUUGCAUCGGUAGAAACUCUGAGCACCCUCACUGAGGGUUCGACCAUCUCCAAGAAACCCGUCGCUAAGCGGUUGACACCUGCAACUGUGGAAGAGGCUGAAGAAGCCGCUGAAGAGAAAGAUCAAUUUGACCCUGAUUCUCUACCAGUAGUCGCAUCGCAACUUCAACGGCGUCUUACUACCCACAAGGACCUCAUGUCUGUGCUAUCGGGUCCUGUCUCGAGGAGUGGCAGUACUCGGUCCCGAAGAAGCAUUCGCUCCAACAGAAGUCGGUUGGCUAAUGCGACCAUCCCCGAUCUCUUGGCUGAGCUCGCCGCCGAUGAAGCUAAGUAUAUGCGCGAGCUUAAGACACUCGUUGGGGGAGUAAUCCCUGUCUUGCUCACGUGUGUCCUUUCCCGAUCUGACUCGGCCAUUGCUGCUGGCUUAUUCCGGCCCUCAAUGGAUCCAAAGGAUGACCUCAACUUCUCAAAGCCUAUUGUCAAUAUGGGUGUCGCUAUUGAGCGCCUGAAGACCCUACAUAAACGAAUUCCUCAGGAUGAUGCUGAUGCAUUACUCACGUGGGCACAGGGUGCUCAAAGAGUGUACCGCGAAUAUCUCAAGGCAUGGAGGCUCGGCUUCAAGGAUGUUAUUGUGAACCUGGCUCCAUUAGAGGAGGGUGAGGAUAACGGAAAUGCCGACACGAAAAGCUUGGACGAAGGCAUGGAGCGAGACGAACAGGGCGAUGUCAUUGGCUCCAAUGGAGAGAAGGUCGAUGUGGCCUAUCUGCUGAAGCGGCCUCUUGUUCGGUUAAAAUAUCUCGCUAAGAGCUUCAAAGGGAUCAACCACCUGCAGCCAUCUGCCAAGGCCGACGAGACCUACACGGCGUAUGCUUCCUUGGUGGCGGACGCCCGCAAGCGAGCACGAGACGAAAGAGCAAGACUCGAGGACGAGUCCGCUGCUAGCAUUGAUCCUACUCGAGCCAGAGAUCCGAUGACGUUGGGGCUUUCCAGUAAUGUCGUGGUCGAUCGUACUCGUCGUGUGCGGGCCCGCGACUUUUUCAAUCUCUCUCUUUACCACUCUAGCGGCCAGUUGGUUGACUGCCGAGCCGAACUCCUUUACCGCGACAAUACAUCAAGCAAUGGUCCUGGUGGUGAUUUGCUGAUCUGUGAGAUCGAUCACUCAGACCGAUGGCUGCUCUUCCCCCCGAUGGAUCUCCGGUGCGUUUCGGCCCGCAACGGUGACAGCAAGGGUGAGAUUGUGGUUAUGCUACGCAGUGCUCCUGGAGAGGAGAAGUAUUGGCAAGAGUUGAUUUCGCUUCGUAUUGAUGAAGUCGAAAUCGGACUUGAAUGGGUGCAAUUGCUGGGCCAGGAUCCCGUUCCCCCAGCACUUUGCAGAAGCCAUAGUUUUAUUAGUCGAGCCAAGCAGCAUAAGGCUCGCAAGUCCAGUACCAGUGGCUCUCCACCGAGGGCGAAUCCCAGUGAUGUGGACAUUCCUAUUGGGGAGAAAGCUACCAAAAGACGCUCUAGUACACCCAAGGAGCACUACUCCGAGCCCAGUACUCUCAGUUCCUCGGCCACAGAAAACAGGAGCUCUAUCGUGUCAACUGCGACUCGAGAGACGGAGUAUACCACCGGUGGCUCUGAAGUCUCUAGCAAACAAGUUGUUCGUCCUGGCCUACCGCUUUUGCCUUCCACGGUCAGCUCAGAGAAGUCCCCCGGUGGACUGAAGCGGUCCAAGGCAAAGAGACAUUCUCGUCAUGCAGACAGCCUGGCCUCGGAGACUGCAUCCUCCCAGACUGUAAUAUAA